AUGCUUGGAGGUGGUGAAAGAGAUGGAGGUGAAGAUGGUGGUGAAAGAGGUGGUUGUUGUGGUAGUGGUGGUGGUGGGGAUGUCGGUUGUGGAGGUGGAGGUAGUGGAUGUGAUGGUGGAUGUGGAGGUGGUGGAGGUGGUGGAGAUGGAGGAGGAGGAGGAGGUAGUGGUUGUGUGGUGGUGGCAAAUAAGGAUGUGGUGGUGAUGAUGGUGGCAGAGGAGGAUGUGGUGGCGGCAAUGAUGGUGGUCGUGGAGUUGGUAUAG